CAAUGGCAAAUUUUCUGAUUGGUGCUGACCGUUUCCGGUUGACUGUCCGUCCGACGGCUGAGGAGAAAAGGGAGGAAAACUGAGUAAAACCGCGCCGAACGGAACAGAUCGAGCUGCGUCCAGGAGUCCCGGUCAGAGGUGAAUCUGCAGGUCAGCAUGGCGUCGGGCAGCGUGAGCAGCGAGGAGGAGAAGAGCCUGCGCGAGUGCGAGCUCUAUGUGCAGAAACACAACAUCCAGCAGCUGCUGAAGGACUGCAUCGUGCAGCUGUGCACCUCGCGGCCUGACAGGCCCAUGGCCUUCCUCAGAGAGUACUUCGAGAGACUCGAGAAGGAGGAGGCUAAGCAGCUCGUGAACCAGCAGAAGGCCAGCUCACGGUCAGACUCGCGGGAGGACGAGGUUUCCCCUCCCAUGAAUCCAGUGGUGAAGGGCCGCCGGAGGAGAGGAGCCAUCAGCGCCGAGGUCUACACCGAGGAGGACGCCGCCUCCUAUGUCAGAAAGGUUAUUCCUAAAGACUACAAAACUAUGGCAGCCCUCGCCAAAGCUAUUGAGAAGAAUGUGCUCUUUUCACACUUGGAUGACAAUGAAAGAAGUGACAUAUUUGAUGCCAUGUUUCCAGUCACCUACAUUGCAGGAGAGAUUGUCAUUCAACAAGGUGAUGAAGGAGACAACUUCUACGUAAUCGAUCAGGGAGAAAUGGAUGUGUAUGUCAACGGCGAGUGGGCAACCAGCAUCGGCGAGGGCGGCAGCUUCGGGGAGCUGGCGCUGAUCUACGGCACCCCCAGAGCAGCCACGGUCAGAGCCAAGACCAACGUCAAACUGUGGGGCAUCGACAGGGACAGUUACAGGAGAAUACUGAUGGGAAGCACUUUGAGAAAGAGGAAGAUGUACGAAGAAUUCCUCAGCAAAGUGUCCAUUUUAGAGUCUCUGGACAAGUGGGAGCGUUUGACGGUGGCUGACGCUCUGGAGCCGGUGCAGUUCGAGGACAGUCAGAAGAUUGUGGUGCAGGGAGAACCUGGAGAUGAGUUCUUCAUCAUACUGGAGGGCUGUGCAGCUGUGCUGCAGCGAAGGUCAGAGAAUGAGGAGUUUGUGGAGGUGGGCCGGUUAGGACCCUCAGACUACUUUGGUGAGAUCGCCCUCUUGAUGAACCGUCCCCGUGCUGCCACCGUGGUGGCCCGCGGCCCGCUCAAGUGCGUCAAGCUGGACCGGCCGCGCUUCGAGCGCGUCCUGGGGCCGUGCUCGGACAUCCUCAAACGCAACAUCCAGCAGUACAACAGCUUCGUCUCGCUGUCCGUCUGAAGCCCCCUGCCUCACGUACACACACUUGAACCGCAGGGUCCACCCGUGCAGUCGGCUUUCAUUUCGACAUUUCUGCUCCUCCUUUAUUAUGUUACAGGCUUUCCAGUGAUGAGGAGGAAUUCCAGUGUCUCAGUAUCUCUGCAUAACUCAGUGAUUGUGAUGUAAACAGAGUGACUCAGAGUGGUUUGGUGUGAAAUGGUUCAGAUGUCCUUACAGUGGUGGUGAUAGGAACCAGGGGGCGGAUUCACGGAAGUGUCUUAAGAAAGAAAAUCUUCUUAAAUGUUUGUUUUUUUCUUAACUUAAGAAAAAUUGUUAAGAAAAGCGUUUUGAGAAAUGAUUAUUCUUUAACUAACUUCUUAAGAAUUAUCUUAUUUUUUCUUAACUAUUUUCUUAAGAAUGCUUCUUGUGUUCUUGUAAAUAUGAUGUUUUUCUUAACCUUACGACAGACCCUCAGGCUGUGAGAGUCGACAAGGUGAGCGUCUGAAUUGAUCACGGACGCUGCCUCUGCUGCUCCUGCUCAUCCUCAUAUGUCACCCCACAAUUAUCAUAUUUUCCAAAGGGGAAUUUUUCAUUUAUCCUGUUGGGUAUUCCUUCCACCAUCACCUCUAGUUCUUGUUGGCUAAUUUUUUUAGACACUUGGUUUUUCCUCCAUUUUGCUCCUCUGAGUGGAUUAAACUAAAUAAUGAAAAUAACAGUGAAUACAGAUUCAAACUGUAUCUCGAGUCGUUUAUGGGAGGCUGUAAAGUGCAACAAAGCCCACAUAAGAAAACGAUGAAGAUUUUCUUAAGAAAAUCCUAAGAAAAUAAUUAAGAUUAUCUUAAGAAAAUAUUUGAGAACUUAAGUUUCUUUCAAGAAUUGCAUUUAAGAACAUUCUUAUGAACUUUUUAGUGUUUGUCUUAAAACCUUUGCAGAUUUUUUUCUUAAGAAAGCUUUCGUGAAGUCGCCGCCAGGAGUCGCCAUGACUUCAACACAAAUAUAGACAUUUUAUUUACUAUCCAGAAAACCAGAGUCUUUCUGAGUUUAUAUGGAAUGUUGAUGAUGGGGAAAUAGUGGAAAAUCUGAAAUAUUAAGUUUUCUUUGCCUCACAGCCUCAACCAUGAAUAGAUUUUAAGGCCAAAAUCGUCUCAAAACUAUCAUAAAACAGUGUCUCACAACUUUCUGUGAGGGAGCUUUUAGAGGUGGACGUCUGGUUCUAUCACCACCACUGUGAACAAUUCUGAACCACUCUGAACGACUUUGUUUACAUCUUAGCCAUUUGACUGUGCAGAAAUAUUGAAAAUUGUAGACAAACUUCAUCACUUGACUGCUUGAACAUUGCAUACCACCCCCCCCCACCCCACCCCCCGGUUACCAAACCCAAAACCCGCUUCCGACGUACCGCUGAAGGGACAAUCAAACUGAAUCCACUCGGAAUGCAUCAGCCUUCGUGAGCAGCGUCCUUACGCCGAGCUGUUUCAGACCGGAGUGAGAUUAUAUUUUUAAACGUCUACUCAAUGAAGGCCCGUCUACUCUUUCCUUUCGGCUGACUGUGAUUUCGUUGGGAGUAGUUUUCUAAGAAUAGUUUUGUAAGAAUACCGAACUGUGCAAGCAGCUGUAAUAAGAAGUACUUGGGGAGAUCGUUUCCUUUCACAGCCCUGAGCGGCGACUGUACGCAUGCUUAUAAAGUUGCUCUUUAUAAAGCCUUA